CAGGUAUCAGAAUAACCGACCGAAUCGAACCGAACCAUAUUCAGUUAUUCACACCAAAGUUUUUUUUUUUUUUUUUCCUCAAACAUUUACACCGAAGUUUCUAAAAUAACUAAAUGGUUUGUAAAAUCCUCUAUCCAAACCAAUCGAAAUCGAACCAAACCGAACUGAAACGAUAACCAAAAUAUCUAGAAAACUUAAAAUAUACCUAAAAUUAAUACCCACAAUACCCAAAACUAUUAAUUACAAACUCAAAAAUAUUAAUUAUUUUUAGACUCAAAACAAUCAAAUACUUUAAAGAAUCAACAUAUCCAAAUGUUGUUAGUUAUAUAUUUUUCAAAGUUAAAUACUCUUGCAUAAUCGAACCAAAUUUAAUUUUAUUUCUAAUUUUUUCGUAUUUUGUAUAUUUUUUUUCUGUAUUUUUCGGUUAAAUUCAGUUACAAAACAAGAAAACCCAACGACAGAUGGAGGAGACUUUAUGUUUUAAAAGAUGGUGAACCACUGAAUGAGCCACUCUGCAUUCAUUACCAAAGCUGCUACCUCUUUGGACGUGAGAGAAAGAUCGCCGACAUUCCUACUGAUCACCCAUCUUGUAGCAAGCAACAUGCUGUUAUUCAGUACCGCGAGGUGGAAAAAGAGAAACAACCAGAAACAAACAACCAAGUGAGGCCUUACAUUAUGGAUCUUGGUAGUACCAAUUAUACUUACAUCAACGAAACUCCGAUUGAGCCACAACGGUACUACGAGCUUUUUGAGAAAGAUACCAUAAGAUUUGGCAACAGAAGCCAAGAGUACGUACUGCUGAGUGAAUGAAAUCAGAGUCAAGUAUCAACGAAACGAGUAUAUCUCAAUAAUAGAUUGUGUCUCAUGGAUUUAAGCGAUGCUUGAGCCAGCUUCGUGUCUGUGUUGGUGACAAUCUUGACGUUAUGUUUAUAUAAUUUUGUAAGUACAAGCUGUUUAAUUUUGUUUGUCCACAAAUUCAAGUUGGUUUAGAUCAUUAAAAAAAAAUUACCCCAAAGCAUAUGAUUAGCAGUUUAGCACAAUAUUUUAAACAGAAACCUGUAAUAAAUUAAAUAAUUAAAUCAGAAUUCCAUGGUCACCACUCACCACCUCUAUAUAUCCCCAAUGCUCAAAACACCACGUCCUAAUCACUACACACAUAGAAAGAGACAAACGCUAGACAAAACAUAGUAGUACCAAACCCAUUUCUUGUCUUGUCUUCUAUCUCCACCAUGGAAGCCAAGAAGUCAAACAAGAUCAGAGAGAUCGUGAAGCUUCAACAGCUCCUCAAGAAAUGGCGAAAACAAGCAAUUGCAUCAAAAGCAGCCAACAACAACAACGAAGACAACAACAGCAAUGGCGGGGGAAGCAAGGGCAUCAAGUUUCUGAAGAGGACACUGUCAUUUACAGAUGUAACAUCUGUGCCUAAAGGGUAUCUAGCUGUCUCUGUUGGGUUAGAGAAGAAGAGGUACACAAUACCAACAGAGUACCUCAGCCACCAAGCUUUCUAUGUUCUUCUGCGUGAGGCAGAAGAAGAGUUCGGGUUUCAACAAACCGGUGUCUUGAGGAUUCCGUGUGAAGUUUCUGUUUUUGAGAGCAUAUUGAAGAUGAUGGAGGAGAAGAACGAAGGGUACCUGGUGACGACAACCACAGCUAAGCAGGAGUGUAAGUUCAAUGCAGCAGCAGAUGAUAAGACGAGUUACCGGCAUCCAUCGGACUGCCCUAAGACUCCUUCACACCAACCUCACAACAGCCCAAUGUGCAGAUAGUUUUGUUCAUUGCUUGCUUCUGUAUCUUCUUCUUCCUCCUCUUGAACUGACUUGAGCCAUUCUGCUUAUUCCCACUUUUUCUCUAGGAAUAUGGAUAUAUGUGCUUCAAAUUUCUGAGUAAGAGGAGAGAUUUGAAUAAUUGAAUGUACAAACGGAUCAUUGAAACUGUCAGGACGACCUCUGUUCCUUGAGAGUCUUUAUUCUUUCUCUGCUC